GCCACGUGCUUCUCUCCCUACUGUUACAGGUCGAUAAUCGAACUGAGGAUUUUCUGAAGAAUUCUGUUCUAGUUCAUGGUGUUUAUGUACUAGAAUUCCGUUUUGCUUAUCCAUUAUGUCUUUUGUUUUUCAUUCUUUAUUGUUCUCUUAUCUGAACUGGGCUUCAUCUAGACCUUUUCCGCAUGUUUCAGGAGGUGGCAAAAUUUUUCUGCUCUGUAGCUUUCCACCUUUUGUUUUCUUCCCCGGCUUUCUUAGGUUAAUUUUAUGUUAGUUAAUUGAACAUAGGUUUUUUUUUUUUUUCGUCCUCAACUGUUAGCUUUGAUGGGGUACUCUUUAAAGGUCAUAACUGCAGUUGGUUUCUCACUAUUUCUAACAUGGUUUCUGGUAGAAGUUUUGAUACAUAGAAAAAGGAGAGAUGCAGGAAAUGAAUCGUUAGAGCAAGGAAGUACAAAAAGAAAGUUUACAGUUGCUACGAAGAUGGUUUUUCUUUUGAACGUUUUAAUCUCGGUUUGCUAUCUGGGUUUUUGUUUUUAUGACAUUUGGAAGCUCAAAGCUAUCUCCAUGGAGUCUGUUUUAGAGGCAACAGCUUGGAUUUUAGUGACUUCAUUUGCAGUCUACUCAAAGAAUGGAACAGGCAAAGCAGAAGAGAAGAGCUGGCCUUUGGUCCUUAUUUUCUGGUGGAUCUUCACUAGCGUUCGCAAUGCUUUCUCUGUUGUCGUCUACCUCCUGGCUCAUUACAAAUCCACAGCAUUGCCUGAUUUUGUCCCGGAGGUAAAUAUGGCAGAUAUCGCUUCCUUUCCUUUCUCCAUACUGCUCUGUAUCAGCGCGUUCCGUUCCGGCCAUGGGAAAGGACCCCAAGAGCUCGAACGCCCACUACUUCAAAGAGAGGACGAUCAUGUUUUCGGAGACGCUUUCACAUUAGCCAACGCUGGGAUUUGGAGCCGGUUAACUUUCCGGUGGCUAAACCCUCUGUUUGAGAAGAGCCAGACUCAAAAGCUUCAACUGUCCCACAUUCCUUCUGUUCCUGAAUCCGAAACAGCACAAAAAUCCUCUUUCUUGCUACAAGAAUCACUUCGACUACAGAAAACCAGAGCUUGCUUUCUUCCCAAAGCUACAAUCCGUGCUAGCUGGAAACCUCUAGCGAUAAAUGCACUUUUUGCAGGCAUGAACACAAUUGCUUCUUACAUGGGUCCCUAUCUAAUCACGAAUUUUGUCAAUUUCUUAGCACAAAAACGUGAUGGCUCCAGCCACCUCUACGGACUGUGUCUUGCAUUUAUUUUCUUUUCUGCAAAGACAAUUGAAUCUCUUUCACAGAGACAAUGGUACUUUGGUGCAAGACUGAUUGGAUCCCGAGUCAGGGCAGCUCUCAUGGCAUUAAUUUAUCAGAAAUCCCUCUCAAUCAAAUACGUUGGCCCAAGUAAUGGAAAAAUUGUAAAUUUAAUCAAUGUGGACACUGAGAAGGUUGGUGACUUCUUUUGGUAUGUUCAUGGAGUGUGGUUGCUUCCUAUCCAGGUCUUUCUCGCUCUAAUCAUCUUGUACAGAAACCUUGGCUGGGCCCCCUCUUUUGCUGCACUUCUCACCGCAAUCCUGGUGAUGGUGAGCAACACUCCAUUGGCUACUUUGCAAGAAGGACUCUACUCCAAGAUCAUGGAAGCUAAGGACACGAGAAUCAAAGCUACCUCUGAAACAUUGAGGAGCAUUAGAGUCUUCAAACUGCACUCGUGGGAAACCACCUAUUUGAAGAAACUCCUCAAGCUUAGAGAAGUAGAGAGAAACUGGUUGGAGAGAUGUCUGUAUACACGCUCAGCAAUUGCUUUUCUCUUCUGGGCUUCACCGACUUUGGUCUCAGUCAUCACAUUUGGUGUUUGCAUUAUUGUUAAGACUCCUUUAACAUUCAGUACAGUUCUCUCCGCUCUAGCAACUUUUCGGAUUCUACAGGAACCCAUCUACAAUCUCCCAGAGCUAAUUUCCACAAUUGCUCAGACCAAAGUCUCAAUUGAUCGAAUCCAAGAUUUCAUUGGCCAAGAAGAACAGACGGAACUCAUAGCUAAUUAUAAUGCAAAAGCAUGUGAUGUGGCAAUUGAGCUCGAGGUGGGCGAAUACACUUGGGAAACAAGUAACUCGAACGUAAAUAAACCCACGAUCAGAAUCCCUGAUAAGAUUAAAAUCAUGGAAGGUGAUAAGGUUGCUAUUUGUGGGUCAGUAGGGUCAGGUAAGUCGAGCUUACUGUGUAGCAUACUUGGAGAGAUCCCGAAGAUUUCAGGAGCAGAAAUCAAGGUAUACGGGUCCAAAGCUUACGUCCCACAGAGUGCUUGGAUUCAGACGGGUACAAUUAGAGAGAAUGUUUUGUUCGGUAAGGAAAUGAAGAUGAGUUUCUACGAGGACGUCUUGGAAGGUUGUGCAUUAAAUACGGAUAUUAAGUUGUGGGCUAAUGGAGAUCUGUGUGUAGUGGGAGAAAGAGGAAUUAACCUGAGUGGGGGGCAGAAGCAGAGGAUUCAGCUGGCUCGGGCAAUCUACAGCAGUUCCGACGUCUAUUUGCUUGAUGAUCCUUUCAGCGCAGUGGAUGCACAUACAAGAGCACAUCUCUUCAAGGAAUGUUUACUGCGAUUACUGUCACGGAAAACUGUCAUUUAUGUCACUCAUCAAUUGGAAUUUUUGGAUGCUUCGGAUCUUGUUCUGGUACUGAAAGAUGGGAACAUUGUUCAGCAUGGCAAAUACAAGGAUUUGAUUGCAGAUCCAGAUGGUGAGCUUGUCAGACAGAUGGCAGCCCAUAGUCAAUUUCUACGCCAAGUGAGCCCACCCCAAACACACAGUUCUCUAACCUCUGGAGCCCAGCACAGAAAUCAUGAGCUCACAGAGAAAAAAUUGAAUGAUUCCAAAGGCAAUAGCAAGUUGACAGAAAGAACAAAUCAAGAUGAAACAGAAUCUGGUCGAGUGCAAUGGGGAGUUUACUCAAAGUUUGUGACUUCUGCAUACAAAGGAGCUCUAGUUCCAGUGGUUAUUCUCUUCCAUGUUCUCUUUCAGGGAUUACAGAUAGGCAGCAAUUACUGGAUUGCUUGGGCAACUGAAGAGGAAGGUAAGGUGAGCAAGGAGAAGUUGAUAGGAAUGUUCACCUUGCUGUCUGGCGGGAGCUCCCUCUUCAUCUUGGGAAGGGCAGUCUUGCUCUCAACUGUUGCCAUCAAGACUGCUCAGAAUCUGUACCUGGAUAUGAUCACUUCCAUCUUUCGGGCACCGAUUUCCUUCUUUGACACCACUCAUACCAGCCGAAUUCUCAACAGGUCUUCUACAGAUCAGAGCACAGUGGAUACAGACAUUCCCUACAGACUAGCUGGAUUAGUGUUUGCGGUUAUUCAGCUCUUAAGUAUUAUAUUCCUAAUGUCUUAUGUUGCCUGGCCAGUGCUCCUUCUUUUCCUUGUCAUCAUUGCAAUCUCUGCAUGGUAUCAGGCUUACUACAUCUCCACUGCCAGAGAACUAGCUAGGAUGGUUGCAAGCAGAAUAGCUCCAAUCCUCCACCACUUCACAGAGACAAUUGCCGGGGCAGCAACUAUCCGCAGCUUCAAUCAGGAAGAUAGCUUUCUUGCCAAAAACCUAAGCUUGAUUGAUGAUUUCUCUAGCCUCUCCAUCCAUAAUUCUGCCACAAUGGAAUGGCUAUCUGUUCGAAUCAACUUCCUUUUCAACCUGGGAUUCUUCCUUGUUCUAAUAAUCUUAGUGAACUUGCCAAAGGCAGCCAUUAACCCAAGCUUGGCAGGACUGGCAGUUACCUAUGGUUUGAACCUCAAUGUUAUACAAGCUUGGGUCAUAUGGAACCUGUGUAAUGUUGAGAAUAAGAUGAUCUCAGUUGAGAGAAUUCUUCAAUUCUCUAACAUACCAAGCGAGGCACCACUAGUGAUUGAAGAUUGUAGACCAGCACCUGAAUGGCCAAACAGUGGAACCAUUGAAUUCCAAAACCUCCAUGUUCAAUACAGCCCUGCACUCCCCAUGAUUCUCAAAGGGAUCAACUGCAGAUUCCCAGGAGAGAAGAAGAUUGGAGUUGUUGGCAGGACAGGCAGUGGCAAAUCAACUCUUAUCCAAGCUCUUUUCAGGGUGAUGGAGCCCUCAGAAGGAAGCAUCCUGAUUGAUGGAGUAGAUAUUUGUAAGGUUGGUUUGCAAGAUUUGAGGUCUAGGUUGGGUAUAAUUCCACAAGAUCCAACACUGUUUCAAGGAACAAUCAGAACUAAUCUGGAUCCUCUACAGCAACAUUCGGAUCCAGAAAUCUGGGAGGCUCUAGAUAAAUGUCGUCUUGGGGAGAUAGCAAGGCAAGAUCAAAGGCUUCUUGAUGCACCAGUUGCAGACGAUGGUGGAAAUUGGAGUGUGGGACAGAGGCAGCUUGUUUGCCUGGCUAGGGUGUUACUAAAGAAAAGAAGGAUUAUGGUAUUGGAUGAGGCUACGGCUUCGGUGGAUACAGAAACAGAUAAUGUGAUUCAGAAAACAAUAAGAGAAGAUACAAGCAGUUGCACAGUCAUCACCAUUGCCCACCGAAUACCCACUGUGAUAGACAAUGAUCUGGUCCUUGUUCUUGAUGAAGGAAAAAUUGUAGAGUAUGACUCCCCAACUCAGUUACUGAAAAAUGACUCAUCUGCAUUCUCGAAGUUGGUAAUGGAGUUCUUGACGAGGCCAUCCCAGAGCAAUCAUCAGUAAAUCCAGUUUCAGAAGAUCAAGGAUGGAGACCAUGCACAAAAACUCAUUCCUGUUUAUCCAUAUACCACAAAGAAAACGAUUCCGAAAGGUUGAAAUAGCAUAAAUCUUUAUCAUUGUCCCAAGAAUGCCAACAAGCAUGGCAAUAAAAAGAACCAAUGCAAAAUGUAAAUUCUGUAACUGGUGACAUGGUUUCCAGUUUCCUAAACAACUUGUCUAUACAUUCUGAGCUCCGCCCUUUCUAUA